UUUAGUUUUAUCACAUGAUAAACACAUACUCAGUGAUGAGUACAUACUCAGUGAUACAAUUCAGUGAUCAAGACGGCGGAUCAAUAUCCAUUGUAAAGAAUCAGUGGAUUACGCCAAGGCGUCGGGAGGUAUUUUGGCCACCCGUCAAGGGAUCUAAAGCUUUUGAAAAGGUGUUGGCGGAUACCAAAACACCGGAUGAGAAAUGGAAACGAUACUUCAUCCAAAGAGUUUUUUGUGAGACUGACGAUAUAGAUAAAGCCAAAAGAAAACUGAAACUGGUCGAGGAGACAUCAGACUUACAGACUGAAGCAGAAGAAGAACCAAAUUUUAAGCGGAAAAGAAAUAACAGAUAUAUUUCCACAAGCGAUGAAGAUGACGGUCACAUAACGCCACCACCAAUUAAGAAAAAAAUCUUGAACAAAACAGCUGCUGCUGCUUACUAUAGAGGUAAGUUGAGGUUAUAGCCAACGGGCCAUUAUUAUUUAUGAAUUAAGUCCCGCCACAUUGAACAAUUAUGAUGCUGUAGAUACUUGUUGCAUGUGUCAGAAUAGUAAGAGUAGCAUUUUUUUCUAAG